ACUAGUCAGGCCUCACUCACAAACAAAAACCACACAAAGAGGAACCUUUGCUGCUCGGCUUCAGUUCUUUAAAAAGGACAUUCAGACAUUUCUUUUCUCAUCAUGAACACAUCAAACAGCUCCACAGAAGAUGACCGGGUUUAUGCUGGGAUCUUUGGCUGCAUUAUGGUGAUAGGUCUGCCACUGAAUGCAGUCUCACUGUGGAUUCUUCUUCGCCGCCACAGCCUCAAAUCACCCAACGCUGUCUUCAUGGUGAACCUGGCACUCUCAGACCUGCUAGCAAUCAUGUCUUUGCCCAUGAGGAUCUACCAUCAUGCAACAGGCACUCCGCUGGGAAUUAUCACAUGCCUCUUCAGCGUAAUAAUCUUUCGCAAAAACCUCCGCUCCAGCGCCUCCUUCAUCACCUUCAUAAGCGUGGACCGACUGCUGGCUGUGGUUUAUCCUCUGAGGUCUCGCCAUCUUCGGACCUCGUGCAAUGCCUGGAAAGGAGCAGCGCUGGUCUGGGGGUUUUUCCUGGUGGUAAAUAUCCCAGAGGGCAUAGGAUUUUUUAAACACUUACAGAACCACACAGAUCACAUUUGUUUUCAAUCUCAUUAUUAUAAAAGUGUAACACGAUCAGCAAUUAUUUACCUUCAGAUUGUGUUACUGGUCACAAUGCUAGCAGUCAACAUUGUGUGCACCGUUAUGGUUUCUUGGACUCUACACAAACAUCUCAGUGACUCUGCAAAGGUCAGAAACAAGGUGAACGUAAUGCUGAUUUUUGCCAUCAACUUGCUUAUAUUCUGCACAUGUUUUCUGCCCAUGCCACUACACGCAGUUACAAAAAGCAAAACCAGUAUAACCCCACUGGCAUGUCUGACUGUUUUGAACUGCUGUCUGGAUCCACUGAUGUAUUAUUUUUCUUUUGACUCCUUCUGGAAGAAAAAAGAGGACACGGGAAGAGAACUAUAGAUUAGUGACCUGCUAGAGUUGCUAUCAGAUGUCCCACGAUACAUGCCUGUUUGUUGUUUUUUUUUUGUUUUUGUCUUUUACAAAGUAGCUCGUUUGUGCACAAGAUUCUUAAGUAGUUCAACCACAUGCACAGUUUUCAGCAGUUCAAGGUUCUU